UGUUUGGACACGUUUUGCGAGGCAUUGAUUGGACGAGUGAUGCAAUUGUUGUUGUCUUUGCGUAAACUAUUUAAUUAGAGACCAAUUUAGUGAUCGAUUAACACAAUGCCCACAAUUAACGUCAAUCGGGACCAACUGUUCAAACUAUUGGACACACAGUUCACUGAGGAAGAAUUUGAUAACUUGUGCUUCGAGUUUGGCAUAGAGUUGGAUGAAGUGACAUCAGAGAAGCAAAUGAAGACCAAAGAGCAGGGAAUGGACCGCUCGAAAGGCGCCUCAGAGGACGUGUUAUAUCGGAUUGAAAUACCAGCCAAUCGUUAUGAUUUGCUGUGUAUUGAAGGUCUGGUUCGGGCGCUUCUUAUAUUCCUCGGAAAGGCUGAAAUACCCGAAUAUCGGUCCGUUGAGCCCCCGAAGGGAAAGUUACAACAGCUUAUAGUCCUUCCAAAUACAAUGCAAGUGCGUCCCUAUGCUGUGGCAGCUAUUCUUCGAGGCAUUCAUUUCACUCAAGAAAUAUACGAAAGUUUCAUUGAUCUGCAG